AUGAGCUCAAACAACCCCUCAUACCUCAUCAUUGGGGCCGGUGUUUUCGGUGUUUCAACCGCCUAUCACCUUAUCCAGAAAUACCCCAAUGCCUCGGUGACUCUGGUUGACCGCGAUGCAUACGACGCCGAGUCGCGGGUAGCUGCAUCCUGGGACUGGAAUAAGGUUGUCCGCGCCGACUACGAUGACAAGGUCUACUGCAGACUUGCUCUCGAGGCGCAGGACAUUUUCAAGUCUGACCCGCUUUGGCAGCCUUAUUUCCACCAAACUGGUGUAUACUGGACAUGCCGCAGUGACUAUGCGCAAGACGUUAUCAAUCACCACAAGGAGCUUGGCCGCAAUGAUGAUAUUAUUGCCCUGCCUGUUGCUGAGGCGCGGAAGCUUUAUGGUGGAUUGUUUGACAAUGCUGAUUAUACUGGCGUUAAGGAGGUUCUCAUUAAUAAGGCCAGUGGCUGGGCUGCUGCUGGCGAUUCUCUGCAAGCCGUUACCAAGAAGUGCCUCGAAUUGGGCGUCAAGUAUGUGACCGCCGAGGUUGCCACGCUGGAAUUCAACGGUCGUGGCUCUUGCACAGGCGCCAAGACGAAAUCUGGCCAGGUUUUGUCUGCUACGCAUGUUAUCGUCGCUGCGGGCGCUUUCACGCCUACGUUGCUCGAGUGGAGUGCUGCGAGCAGUGGUAAUGCAGGUCUUCGGGCUGGAGAGCGGAUUUUGGCUGCAGGUAUCACGACUGGAAUGGCGCAGCUUAACAAGGAGCAGUAUGCGAAGUUUAAAGAUAUGCCUGUGGGCUUCCAGGGUUAUACCCCCAACGAGGGCAAGCCGUUUAUUGGUAGUCUCCCACCUACCAAGGAUGGAGAGCUUAAGUGGUGGGGAUCCAAGAUUUUCACAAACACCCGAGAGGUUUUGCCAGGUCGUCACAUCUCCUCGCCUCCACCUACACACGACUACAACCAGUGGAAGGUCCCCGGACCUCUCAAGCAGGACAUUAUCGAGUCUAGGAAUCUGUGGUAUGGACCCGCAAGCGCAGACUGGGAAAUGACGAAACACAGAAUCUGCUGGGACGCUUUCACCACAUCCUCCGACUUUAUCAUCUCUCCCCACUCUGCCUCUAAGGGACUGUACGUUGCAACGUGCGGUUCAUUCCAUGGUUUCAAAUUCUUCCCUGUGCUGGGCAAGUAUAUCACCCAGAUGCUUGAAGGCGAGUUGGAGCCUGAAUUGGUGGAGAAAUGGGCCUGGGAUCGACAGCGCCCUGAUUCUUCGCAGAAUGUGGAGUAUCCUAACUCUGAGAUGAGGCAUCUUUUGGGACCUGUGGCGAAGCUGUAG